GUCAAACGGCGACGCGAGCGUGAAAAGAAGGAGCGGUGUGAGUCACGCACACAGCGACGGGCGUGCGUGUGCGCGCCGAGCAGGACGGACGACGCGCGAGCGGGACCGAAGCGCCAAUUACUAUCACCUGGCGGGCAGCUACCGCAUUACCCACUGCCGCCGCGCGCGCGACCACGCGCUCGCUGCACCACGCGGUCCGCUCCUGCCAUACUCCCGCCGUGCACUACAAUCGAUAUCGGCAGCGGCCCGAUCGCCUCAGUGCACCCCUGCCUUACGCCGCUACCCCGCCGUCGACUGUGCGAUGCCCCGCACCCAACUUUGCCGAUCUACGUUCCCGUAGAGUGCUACGUUUAGAGACGAAUUUAUGCAACUGUGAAGUGUGUGCGGACAGUGACUUGGACAUUUACCUGGUUUUGUACAAUUGUUAUACUGUCGAACGCAAAAGUGACUAAAAAUGACAUCCCAGUUUGCCUUCAGAGGAUCACCUCCAAACACGAGCACCAUAUCGACAGCAUCCAACAGUCCGCCGCCGGCGCAAGCGGGGAUGAGCGGCGGGGCGGCGGCGAGCGGGGCGGCGCGGGCCAGCUCGCCGGCCGCUCAGCGCUGCUGCGACACCGGCCGCCCGAUCUUCCAGGACCCCAUCACGGGGCAGACCGUGUGCUCGUGCCAGUACGAGCUGCUCAACUACCAGCGCCUGGCCGCGUCCGGAGUGCCGCUGUCCAUGUACAGCGCGCCCUACUCGGACGCCGCUGCCGCCACCGCCGCCGGCAUGGCCGCCUACUUCCCGGCGCUCGCCGCCGACCAACCACCCUUCUACGCCAAUGCGGCAGCCGGAAUAGAGAUGAAGGAGAACCUGGCGGCCAGUGCCGCGACCUGGCCGUACCCCACGGUCUACCACCCCUAUGACGCCGCUUUUGCCGGAUACCCCUUCAAUGGGUAUGGCAUGGAUCUCAAUGGCGCAAGGCGAAAAAAUGCGACUCGGGAAACCACUAGCACACUAAAAGCGUGGCUGAAUGAGCACAAGAAGAACCCCUACCCGACCAAGGGCGAGAAGAUCAUGCUGGCCAUCAUCACCAAGAUGACGCUGACGCAGGUGUCAACAUGGUUCGCCAACGCGCGCCGCCGGCUCAAGAAGGAGAACAAGAUGACUUGGGAACCGAGGAACAGGGUGGACGAUGAUGACAAUAACAAUGACGAUGAUGACCACAAAAGCAACGAUGGGAAAGAUGGCUUAGACGGCAAAGACUCUGGCACUGGAUCCAGCGAAGACGGAGAUAGACCACAACAAAGACUAGACUUGCUGGGGCAAAGAACAGAAUCGGAAUGGUCUGAAUCACGAGCAGACAGCGACCCCGAGUCGCCGGAGCCGUACGAGCGGCCGCUGCACCCGGCGUACCAGCAUCUCCCGUCGCGCGCGCCCCCGGGCAGCACGCCGGCCUCCGCCAAACCUAGAAUAUGGUCACUAGCUGACAUGGCCAGCAAGGACGGGGAGUCGCCGACCACGCCGUCCUCGGCCUCGGCGUUCUACCAGAGCGCGGCGGCGGCGGCGGCCGCGGCGCGCCUGGCCCACCCGUACGGCCGCGCCGACCUGUACCGCGGGCUGUACCCCCCCGCCACGCCCGCCAACGUGGCGCUGCUCGAGUACUCGCGAUCGCUGGCGCUGGCGGCCCCCGCGCCCGCGCAGCCCGCGCCCUCCCCCUCCUCCUCCUCCACGUCCUCGCUGGCCGAGCCGCCGCCGCGCGCCUGACCGCGCCCGCCCCAUGCGCCAGACAAUAACCGCGCCCUCACGGUGCCCAGACAACCGAACUGUAAAUAUUGACUUCUAGAUUUAAUGUUAUAAAUAUGUAUUGUAUACAUGUAUACACGAUAGUAAAUAAAGGUAUGCACCGGUAGCGAAAGCGUAGAUGUGAUAGUGGACACAUCGCGAUGGCCACGACAGAAGCGUCGGGCGCCGCGUCCGACCGACCGACAAUACUAGGUGCUAAUACACGUUGGGCCUUGCGAAAACUUGCUAUAGUUAUUGUUGGAGUUGGUUGAACGAACGUGAUUUCAAAAUAGGUAUUAUAAUAUGUGUUACGUUUUGUCUAGGUGAACGAAACUGAUUUUUAGAACAACUUAUUUUAUUUGUAUACCUAUGUAGUAUUGUAAUUGUAUUUUAUUUUUCAAAAAUCGUUCCCUUUAUAUUUAGUGCCUAAUGACGUCCAUUUAUGUCCAUUGUUUUUAAAAGAUACUUAAAUAAAAAAAUAAUUAGGUUCUCAUAUAUUUAUUAAUACUUAUCUACUUAAAAUGAUCAGUACCUAGUUUUUAAUACCAGUUUAACAUAAGUUUGAUCUACAAUAGAUUCGUUAACGAUUUUAAAAUAUGUAUCUGUGUAAUUAAUUUCUAGUCAGAAGACUAUGAUUGUCUAUUUUACAACUUGUGAAAUUAAAACAUCAUUUUAUGAUCAAAGUUUUGUCUCAUGCUGGCAUUGAAACCAGUCAAGUUUUGUUGAUUUCGAUAAUGUGAUUUGUUUAUCUCGGUGUGACAAGGCCUUGUAUAGUUACUAGAAUAGAUUACGUUACUUAACAUUGUAUAGGUAUCUGUCCGGUUUGUUUUAUUGUAAAAUACUUUCCAAUAUUGUAGAGACUGAAAGUCCGAAAUUGAGUCUAUAGUUUUGUACAUACGUCGCUGUUGUAAGUAUAUAUUGUAAUUUUAACGCGAAUAUUUAAGAGAACUAAACGCAAUAACUUAAUAACUGUAUUAUAGUAAAUAAAAAUUAUACUGAAGAAAGACAUGAACACUUUUAUGCUUACAUAACUAUAUAUAUAAACAACGAAUUAAACGACCAGGGGAGUCUAUACGAACUGUUUAAUGUCUAAUUUACCUAGUUUUAUGUAAUAAAGCUGAGCUAAGGCCGCAGCGGAAUUUCAUUAAAAUCAUAGUGACAAAUCAUUUUAAUAGCACUUCGUGAGCACUCCCAUUACCAUAAUUCCCUAAUUCUUAAAUUAUAUUUUUCCUUAUAAAUCUGGAUACUGGUAAUUUAUUUUUACUUGCUAAGCAUAAAAAAUAUUCGUGCCGCUGUCAAGGUGUGUGAAUAGAUACAAUAAAACUGAUACAGAAACAAUAAUUUUUA